AUGAGGGCUAUAUCCUUGAAUUGUCCCCCUCCCACGUGCCGCCUGCAUCACGCCGCAGAGCUGCGCGAAACCGAGCGCCGGAAGGCCUCACGAAACCCUCAACUCGCUUUCGUCGCCCGCCUGCGUCGCCGGCGCCGCACGUCGGCCGGCGAGCUCGUCGACAAAGAGGAGCUCGAGAGCGAGGCCGAGCCGGUCUCUACGGAUGCCGUUGCCGUCGAGUACGUGCGCAACGGCAAGCGCGAGUUCUUUGUGCGCAACGGCAAGCAUCGAAGAAGCCCCGGCGCUCGCUACGCGGAAGGCGACGAGCUCGCGGUAAAGGAAACCACCAUCGAUCGCACGUUGCGCGGGAAAGUCGUCGAUCGCCUCAAGAGGCUUGCCUUUCCGGAGGGCUAUCCGCAUUCGGUCGGCCCGGGCUUUGUCGAGUAUACCCGAUGGAGGCUGUCUGCCUUCUUUUUUGGAGGCGCCGUGGGUGUCUUUUCCACUCAGGGCUUGCUUUUGGCGGUGGGGGUGGGGAGGCAGAGCGCCGCGCCGCUGGCUGCUGCUUUGCAGUGGGUCAUUCGCGACGGGAUGGGGCGCGCGGGGAGGAUGUUGUUUUCCCAGGUAGGAAACGGCUUCGAUGCGGAGACCAAGCAAUACAGGCUCAUGGCGGGGUUCGUGCUUAAUUUGAGCUGCGCGUUGGAGAGUGUCACGCCUGCCGUGCCGCAUCUGUUUCUGCCGCUGGCGUGUAUUGCGAACAUGGCCAAGGGAGCAUCCACUGUGGCAGCGGCUAGUACGCGCAGUGCCAUUUAUCUCAGCUUUAUGAGACGAGAGAACCUUGGCGAUAUUACCGCAAAGCAGGAGACGGUGGGAGUGGCUGGCGAUCUAAUGGGAACUGCUAUGGGCAUCUUGUUGUCGAGGUACACGGCGAAUAGCAGACGGCUCGCAAUGGGCGCUUUUGUGACUGUCUCACUUGCUCACUUGUUCUCAGUUUACAAAGAGAUCAAAGGAAUUCAGCUUGGCACGCUCAAUCGGCAACGUGCGCAUAUGCUUAUCAAAUACUACUUGGAGGAAGGCAAAGUUCCCGACCUGGCUGAGGGUAAUAGGAAUGAACGCAUUUUGAACAGGCCAUGGCUUGAUUCCUUGCACGCCCCUAACAUUGACCUUGGUGCUCGCUUGCAAGACUGCGCUCCAGAUGCGGAGGCAGUCCAGUACUUGCUGAAAAUGUACAAGAACGAACGCUAUCUUUUCACAUACGAGGACACCAGGUUGAAGAUCGUUCUUCGACAAGAUGCCGCGAGCCAUGAUUGCUUGAAGGCAUUCCUGCAGGCAGACUACUUCUGGAAUCGAUACAAAGAUGAAGGCGUGAGGGAGAGUCGAAACCGUGCUUUACUUGAAGAGUCGUACAAGUUUGCAAACUCUCGUUUUGAUGCUUUCGCUCGUGAUGCUGAAAACAAAGGAUGGCUUACAAACUCUGUUCUACUAAGACCUAUCGGUCGCCGCGCAUCAUGGAGUAGUUCCCUUGCCCACUCACGUAGAUAGCUAGGUUACUCCGAUCCUUCACGACUCCUACAGAAACAACACUAACCGUACGUAAUGUUGCAGUCAUCUACUGCGAAAGCGAUAAGCAUGUCUUUCCUGCUUAGGGAUUGAUACAGUUGUACACAUCUCAGUAUGUCAACAAUGCGGUUUAUUUAUGUACAAUUGGUAAAUACAUAGGUUGCGUUGCUCUCUUUCCU